GGCAGGACUCACUUACUCAGCAAUCCUGCUCGGAGGAGCUUCAGCCAAUGAAGAGGCUCUAUCCCAGCUUGCUUGGGGGCUUCUGAGUUUGAGCUGCCUGCAGAAAUGUAAGGCUUUGCUUCCUGGCGCUGAUGGCAAAAUGGGACCCAUCUCCAGUUAUUCCUUGGGCUCCCCAGCUCCGCAGAUCUGGGAGAGAACCUACAUAAACAUAUUGGUGAUGUAGCCAGCUUUCAAGGCCGAGAGAAUCCUCAUGGAUUCGGGAGACUGGUUUUUCAUUUAGAAUUUUCUUUUUCCUUUGGAAGAUGAAAUGCUUCUCUCGUUACCUGCCUUAUAUCUUCAGACCUCCAAACACCAUCCUCUCUUCCAGCUGCCACACGGAAGCUGACAUUAUCUCUACGGUAGAAUUCAACCACACAGGAGAGUUACUAGCGACAGGGGACAAGGGGGGUCGGGUUGUAAUAUUUCAGCGAGAACAGGAGAGUAAAAACCAGGUUCAUCGCAGGGGUGAAUACAAUGUUUACAGCACAUUCCAGAGCCAUGAGCCCGAGUUCGAUUACCUGAAGAGUUUAGAAAUAGAAGAAAAAAUCAAUAAGAUAAGAUGGCUCCCUCAGCAGAAUGCAGCUUACUUUCUUCUGUCUACCAAUGAUAAAACUGUGAAGCUGUGGAAGGUGAGUGAGCGUGAUAAGAGACCCGAAGGCUACAACCUGAAAGAUGAGGAGGGCCGGCUCCGGGAUCCUGCCACCAUCACAACACUGCGGGUGCCUGUCCUGAGACCCAUGGACCUGAUGGUGGAGGCCACCCCACGAAGAGUGUUUGCCAAUGCACACACCUACCACAUCAACUCCAUCUCCGUCAACAGCGACUAUGAGACCUACAUGUCUGCUGAUGACCUGAGGAUUAACCUGUGGAACUUUGAGAUAACCAACCAGAGUUUUAAUAUCGUGGACAUCAAGCCAGCCAACAUGGAGGAGCUCACGGAGGUGAUCACAGCGGCUGAGUUCCACCCCCAUCACUGCAACACCUUCGUAUACAGCAGCAGUAAGGGGACCAUCCGGCUGUGUGACAUGCGGGCCUCUGCCCUGUGUGAUAGGCACACCAAGUUUUUUGAAGAGCCAGAAGAUCCAAGCAACAGAUCCUUUUUCUCUGAAAUUAUCUCUUCAAUUUCGGAUGUGAAGUUUAGCCACAGUGGGAGGUAUAUUAUGACCAGAGACUAUCUGACCGUGAAAGUCUGGGAUCUCAACAUGGAAAAUCGCCCCAUCGAGACAUACCAGGUUCACGACUACCUCCGCAGCAAGCUGUGCUCCCUCUAUGAAAAUGACUGCAUUUUCGAUAAAUUUGAGUGUGUGUGGAAUGGGUCAGACAGUGUCAUCAUGACGGGCUCCUACAACAACUUCUUCAGGAUGUUCGACCGAAACACCAAACGUGAUGUGACCCUUGAGGCCUCGAGGGAAAACAGCAAACCCCGGGCUAUCCUCAAACCCCGAAAAGUGUGUGUCGGGGGCAAGCGAAGAAAAGAUGAGAUCAGUGUCGACAGUCUGGACUUUAGCAAAAAGAUCUUGCAUACAGCUUGGCAUCCUUCAGAAAAUAUUAUAGCAGUGGCGGCCACAAAUAACUUAUAUAUCUUCCAGGACAAGGUUAACUAGGAGGACAAGCUAUUACUUAGUCUCAUAUACUGAAUACUAGUCAAACAAGUUUUUAAAUGUUUCUUUGGGUCUUCAUUUGAUGCAUUGACUUUCAUUUCCCUAUGCAUAAAACAAUUGGAAUAGAAUUUAAAAGGAGUUUAAUGUUCCCAACUCCCCAAUUCUAAGAAACUUUUGUCAAACUCAGUAGGCUUGGGACACUUCUGUUUAGAACUGAGACCUGCCAACUGGCAGUAAUUCCUCCAUAGUCGACUUGAAUUUCUGAUGCGUUCGUUCAUUGCCCAGUUUUCUCUGGUGGGUUCCGUGUUUUGUUUCUAGGUGUCUGCUGCGAUAAAAUGAGAUUGUCUGUAGUAUUUAAGGAGAAAAGAGAUAAGGUUUUUUUUUAAAAUGAAACAAUUCCAUUUGUUUGAAAAAAAAAUCAACAAAAAAUAAACACUGUUUACUCUUAGAGUUUCUCUUUGUGAAGAAUCAGACCU